AUGUAUAAGAAUGAGGUUUUAGGACACGAUACAACUUCCAGUGGAAUAGCUUUCACUGUCUGGUGGCUUGGACAGAUGCCAGAAUGCCAAAGGAAAGUCCACGAAGAACUGGACAGUGUUUUUGGCGAUUCGGAUCGCUUGCCUACGCCAGAGGACCUCAGAAACCUUGUUUAUUUGGAGAAGUGCAUCAAAGAGUCGCUUCGACUCACCCCGCCUGUUCCGCUUGUUGCCAGAAAACUCUCGAAUAACGUUGUGAUUGGUACGAGUCCAAAACUUCUAUUUAAAUUCUUAGGUGAUGUAACGCUUCCUGAGGGCCUUACUGUUGUUGUUUGGCCAAUGACAACGGCUCGUGAUGAGCGAUACUGGGAGCGACCAGAAGAAUUCUAUCCGGAACACUUUGAUGCCGAAAAAGUGGCCAAAAGGAGCGCAUAUGCAUAUAUCCCGUUCUCAGCAGGGCCACGCAACUGUAUUGGCCAAAAAUUCGCCGUGCUUGAAGAAAAAUCUGUGCUUAGUUGGAUUUUCCGGCGUUAUCGUGUCGAAACCGAGGAACCAUUUCCGGGGAAUCCGCCGAUUCCUGAGAUCGUCUUAAAGCCUAUGAACGGUGUUAGGGUUCGACUCACAAAUCGAUAG